AUACUCCAUAGAGACCUAAAGCCCCAUAACAUACUACUCAAUGAGGACUGUACGGCCAUAAAGAUAGCUGAUUUCGGUCUGGCUAGGGAAGUGGGUAUCCCCACUGGUCCAUUAGCCAUUGAUGUUGUUACCUUAUGGUAUAGAUCACCAGAGGCUAUCCUAGGGGCAACAGCAUAUGGUGACUCUCUUGAUGUGUGGAGUAUUGGCUGCAUUAUAAUGGAGAUGCUACGUGGGAAGCCCUUCGUUGCAGGCUCCUCACCCGAGGACCAGAUCUGCAAGAUAUUUGCCAUACUCGGUGCACCAGAUGGCAGCACUGGUUGGCCUGAUGUUGAGAGGUUACCAUUAUGGAAGUCCUAUAUGCGGCUUGCAUCGAGAGUAGUACCCCUAUCUGAUAUCCUACCUGAAGGGACCUCUCCAAUAGCUAUCGACUUGGCUACUAGGAUGUUGAAAGUUUGCCCAGAUCACCGCAUCACAUGCGAGGAAGGGCUGGCCUCACCAUACUUCCAAUACUACCACCACAAGUGUGAUCUAUCGAAAAGUUGACCCUCUCCACGUCGUCAAUGAUAUUACUUGAAUAAGAUUGAUGAUUGAUUUCCCCUUCAUGUGAUUGAACUCCCUCUCUUCGGUGUAAGGAGGAGGAAGAGGGCCGCCACCUGAACUACUGUCACCAUUGUUGCUGUUGACUCCUCCCCGUUUUAAAUCAUUCAUCCAUCGUAGUAGCACUAUGCAUCAUCAUCAUUAACUUCUACUCUGCUCUACUACUCCUUACCAUCAUCAUUCACUUGCUUCACUCUUGCUACUGGAUUCUGGACUAUACACGCACUACCAGUCCUACGUACCCUCUGCCUCGUACACGUCUUAUCAUGAUAAUAAUAAUGAAUCUACUAUUUCCGUCGACCACCCAAGUGGUAUAACAAGCUCUUCGUAUAAGAAUAAUGAUAGUAAUCGUUGUUGUUCCCCUCCACAAUAAUCGUCGUCUCU